AAACCAAAUAAGAACUGUCGCUGCACACGUUGGAAAAUACCAGUACCAUUUAACUUUUAUUUUAUCCCUGUAGGCUUGGGAAUAAUUCCCAAAUCCCACUUGGAUUAUCAGAGAUGUGCAUUCUUACUAGCCUGCUAGCCCGUGUCAGUUUGUCGAAUGUAAAAGGUAUUGUGAAGGCUAGUAUAAUAGAGGGUCGUUAUAUGGUAUCGCUAUUCGGCCUAGCAAACGUUUAAGGUUAAUGUCCAUAUCAAAGUGAACAAAGUUCACCCUGUUUCGGGUAAUGGAGGCACGAAAAACACCCAGUUUCACCUGCACAAUUUUUUCAAACUCUGAACUGAUGUAGGCAACGUCUCAGUUGCAAGAUACAACUUAAUACCGGUGUUCAGACGAAAUAAACCCGGCAGUUUUCACCCUUGGCAAUGCCAUAAGGCUUUACCACGCCGGAAGCUGGCGAUGAGCCUCGUUCUGACUCAUCGAACUCCGUAACGUAGUUACCGUUGCCGUUAUCGACGUCCCUUCUGUUUUCAACAGAAAAACGAUCGCUUUUGCUCCGCUGACCUCUACGUUUCGCUCACUGCUGUAUCAUUCCAAGUGUGUCUUCUUCCAAGAUGAAUACAAGGCUUCACAUUCAAGCUCGGGAGGACAUAAUUCGCUAUUAUGGCACUCCUGCGGCUGUGAGUUUGUGGCCGUCUCAGGAUGAGGAGUCCGACUGUAAAAACGAUCGCUUUUGCUCCGCAGACCUCUACGUUUCGCUCACUGCUGUAUCAUUCCAAGUGUGUCUUCUUCCAAGAUGAAUACAAGGCUUCACAUUCAAGCUCGGGAGGACAUAAUUCGCUAUUAUGGCACUCCUGCGGCUGUGAGUUUGUGGCCGUCUCAGGAUGAGGAGUCCGACUGUCGUUCCCUGGCUGUGUCCCCUUCCCGUUGUCCCGACCCCCUGAGCGUUUUCACUCCGUUCUGGGCCCGCCCUGUCUACGGUGAGACGCUCCCCGCCCCCGUCACCAUCAACCACGCCGCUUACUAUCCUGCCCCAAGUGACGACGAUGACAGUGACUACUGGGUGUACGAGGACGAGGACGACCACAGCUUUGUGGAUGGCAGAGAGAUUCAUCCCCUUAGAAAGGCGCUGACGAGAGCGGCUGCCUUCUUUAGGAAGAUCUUCUCUUAGACUCCUUAUCCUUUUAAUGUCUGAAUGUGUGCAAGUGAGUGAAUGAAUGAGCAGGUGUGUAUGUAUGUAUGUAUGUAUGUAUGUAUGUAUGUAUGUAUGUAUGUAUGUAUGUAUGUAUGUAUGUAUGUAUGUAUGUA